UGUGUACAUUUCCAAACUAACAGUGUGUGUGGUUGUUAUGCUGCUAGCGUUGUCAAAUAUUUAACCUAUUGUAUUUAUUAACCUACAAUGUAUAAAAUAUAGUUUUGUUGAAACAUGUGCUACUGAUAUUAUGAAAUAAACAUCAGCUGACUAUGGGGAACGUAUUGAUACUCCUGCGGCCAGAUUGUUCAAAAAUUUGAUAGAAUAAUGAAACGGAGGACAAACGACUACUAAUUGACGUAUUUAUAUAACUUUCUUUGGACUGUACAACGAUAUAACACAUUUUGCAAGAACAAUGAAUGGCGAAACGCAGCAUAACAUGAAUGACAUUACCUCAGACUUCACGUGUCUCAAAGUAUCCGCUUUGUGUAAGGCGUCUCGCAUAUCAGACGCUGUUCGGCACGUCACGAUUGGCCCAGACUCUGUCUUGAUUCCUGACUAUCAUGUGGACAACGAGAACAUUGAAAAUGAGCCGAACAAUGGUAUAACCAAAGAGGUUAGACCACAGCCGAGGUCACAAAGUCCAAAAAUAUCAACCAGAAGCGGUAUAACUUUUUCGAUAAAGAAAAUCUUGCUCGAAAAUGAGGUGCAACGAAGAGAAGAAGUCAAACAAAACAUGCAACGCCGCCUUCAGAGUAUGAUGAGGGCGGAAGCUGAACUGCGAGAACAAAUGGCUGUGAUUCGGAACAUGAUGAUAGCUGACAGAGAGCAUCAGGAAAGUCUAGAGAAGGAUGAAAUUGCCAGGCUUGAGGCUGAGGAGGAACACGUGGCUCAACAAAAUGAAAUUAAAAGGAAACAUGAACAGCAAUUACAUGCGCAGAGGAUAUUGGAGCGGAAGGAGAAAUUGGAACGGGAAGUUGAGGAACAGAGAAUAAGGAAUCAAGAAAAGCAAGUACUGUUUGAGAAAAUGCUCCCGCUCCAUGCAAGCUUUACGUCCACUUAUCAGAACAUCAGCACGGUAUCAAAGUCCUGCAAGGACAGGAAUAUCCUUGGGCCUGCCUUUGCACCGCAUUCAGUCAAGCUGAAGGAGCUCAGCAAACGCAUGGAAGGGCUGCUCGAGCGUGCUAAAUCAGGCGAAUUGACGGAAGAAGAUGUUAACACUGCAGAGAGUCUUGCAAAACAUAGUGAGAGUAUCUUGAAUACCUUCAAGCAAGAAAUAGAUCGAAUAAAUGCUACCUACGAUGCGGAAGUAGCUCGCAGGGAAGAGGAAGUGAGACAAGCCCAAGCGCAGAUGCAAUUAAUGGCUUCUAAGGCUCAGGAAGCUGCAGUUCAACCUGAUCAAAGUCCAAGUGAGUCCAGUAUUCAAAGUACUGGUGUCGAGGGCCAAAUCACAGCAAAUGCGUCAGAGGAGAAUAGGGCACCAGAGACUACAAAUCAGACACAUUUAUCAGUGGAAUCAGUCGUCCCAGAGUCUAAAACAGACGAUCUUCUUGAGUUUGUUGACAAGGUUUCACUGCAUACUUACCUCGACAGUCAACAGCUACUAGAAAAUCAUAAAAUCAUGUGCUCCCCUCUAACGCAAUCGGAGAGUACAAAGAAGUUCCGGUUUGAGUGUCAAAAAGCAAUAAAUAUACCGGUGAAUGCGAUUUCCGGUGUUAGCAGAGAACAUCUUAUGGACAAAUAUGAAAAGCUGCAUAAUUUGCUGGGGGGAAAGCCGCCGACUAAUGCAAACCAACAUCCGCAAGGCAUACAGUUUUGCAAGCAUACCUUGGCCAAGAAAUUUGUGAAUCAAGGUGAAGCUCUAGUCUCCAGCAAACCGGAAAUGGCAUUUUCCAUUGCAGCAGUUAUCGUGGCUCUCUGGAACGACUAUCCGGACUUCGGUGAACUACUUUUGGCCUAUUUCUACAAAACGUGCCCUUACUUAGUUCCGAUAUUCCUUCCUCAACAACAGGGCCAGUCUAACGAGGACUACUACAAAUCAUUGGGCUACAAAUAUUCAGAAGAUGGAACCGUCGAACGGCAGGACAAAUUCUUGAAGAGAAUGUCUGGCUUGAUGAGGCUUUAUGCGGCUCUGACUGUAACCAGGCAGCGAAAGCUCGUCACGAGUUCACAUCCCCAUGGCUUACAAAACGCUUGGAGAUGGUUGGCAGCUAUUUUGAACAUCGAACCACGACCUGACAUCUGUGCAACCUUGAUACUCGACAUGCUUGAAGUGACUGGACACGCGUUGUGGAAAACUUAUCCAAAGCAAUUCCCAAAGCUGCUGGCCUUACUUAUCACCCAAUAUUAUCCUCGUAUGCAUAGCAUCGGAGGUACAGCCGGUGGUCCUCUUGCUCGGUUGGAACAGUUUUUGAAAAAUUCUUUGACCAAAGGCUCUAUACCACCCCCUGAUGGUCAGCUGCCCCAAAAUUUUUGGUAGCGAAGUAAUUUUCUGAAAGUUUUAUCACGGUGGAAUCACGUGUCGUUGUUCGAGAUUUCCGAUGCUUCAACUAGAGAUUGUUAUUGUGCCGCUGCUUUUGUUGAUUAAAAAUCACAAAAAAUUUUGGAUUCUGUACAUCGAAUACCGUUAAUAAUCGCGUCACAGCCGUCGCGUGCAUAAUACUUGACCAUAACGUGUUAUGUGAAUUAUCAUGUUAGCUCAUUGUCGUGAGAUUCUUUUUAGUGUAAAUUAAUUAGGCGAUUCAUACAAGAUUGACGAAAGAGAAGACGCGUCGAAUUUGUAACAAAUUUUUCCAAUUUAUUCAAUUAGAUAAGUUUCUUUUUUUUUUUUUUUGAUACCAAGUUUAAGCCACGAGUAUACGUACACGUAAUGAAGAAUAUGUUCGAUUUAAUAUCAUUCGUCAAUUAAAAUUUAACUGUGCUUUCUUCGAUUUGAUCGCACAGAAGGGCGAGGAUGUUGGUCCGUCUUUUGCUGUAUAACGUACCAUGUACUUAAUAUAACAGUGACAACCUCAAGAAUGUGUGAUAUUAAACAAAGAGAUUAAAACAACAAGUACAAUGUAAAA